GUUCACCAACCCAAAGCACGAUUCGUUCUCUCCCUGAAAAUUUUAGUAUUCGUGAUACUGCUUUCAGGUUGUUCUGUUCCGUCUCAGCCCAUUCAUUUUCUUUCCUUAUAAACACUGAAGGCUUAGCUAUAGAAAGUCAUGCCCACUUCUUUCUUCCACCUCUUCUUGCCUUGGAAACUUUCAUUUGGAAAGCACCUUUGAGGAGCAGAUAAAGAUGAUCAGGGUUCCUCCAAAAAUUGUAGUUUCAACUUUGUACAUCCUUAUACUGUCCCUUCCUGUCCAAACUCUAGCACAUGUUGCUGACACAGAUCCACUGGAAUUCAACAGUGGCUACAGCAGCCAAGGUGGUGGAGGUGAGGUCUCCAGCAAAAGCUGCAAAAAUGAAUUCCACCCAAUACCCUUCCCAUCCCCAUGUCAAACGUCAAUAGGCACUGAAGCAUCUCCAGUUUUACCUCUCCAAACAGAUGGUCUGGUAUUUGCAGAUCAGAGACUUGAAGUUGUGUACCCGGUUAUCCAAAAAUUCAAAUCCACCAUCACCUCUGACCCCCUAGGCGUCAUCAAAUCGUGGGUAGGCUCAAAUAUUUGCAGCUAUAAAGGUUUCUACUGUGAUAAUCCCCCGGACAACACAUCAGCCAUUGGUGUGGCCUCCAUUGAUUUCAAUGGAUUUCAACUUGGAGCUCCUACCCUCGACGGCUUCAUUGAUCAGCUUCCUGAUAUUGCUCUCUUCCAUGCAAAUUCCAACAAUUUUAGAGGCACCAUCUCCACUAAAAUCUCCAAGCUUCCUUAUCUUUACGAGCUUGAUGUAAGCAACAAUCUGCUGUCUGGUCCAUUUCCCAUGGCCGUCUUGGGCAUGAACACCCUAACAUUCUUGGACAUUCGCUUCAACCUGUUCUCUGGGCAAGUCCCUCCCCAGAUAUUCACCCAGAAUCUCGAUGUCCUCUUCAUCAACAACAACGACUUCACUCACAGCUUGCCUGAUAACUUAGGCACCACUCAUAUUCUUUAUCUCACCUUAGCCAACAACAAAUUCAUGGGUCCAAUACCUAGAAGCCUCCCCAAAGCUCUGUCUACUCUCACCGAGGUAUUAUUCCUGAACAACCAGUUAACAGGUUGUAUCCCAUAUGAGAUUGGGUUUCUUGAGGAGGCCAGAGUGUUUGAUGCUGGAAACAACCGGCUAACAGGUCCAUUGCCCAUGUCCUUGGGUUGCCUUGAGCAGUUGGAACUCCUCAAUUUGGCUGAUAAUCUCCUGUAUGGUAUGGUACCAGAGGUGUUGUGCGGACUAGAGAAUUUGGUCAAUUUAUCACUUUCAGAUAAUUAUUUCACGCAUGUAGGACCCCUGUGUAGGACCUUAAUUCAGCGAGGGGUUCUUGAUGUUAAGAACAAUUGCAUUCCUGAUCUUCCAUUCCAGAGAUCAGUGAUUGAGUGUGCAGAUUUCUUUGUGUACCCCAGAAUGUGUUCCCACAUGUGGUUUCAUAGUUUCAUUCCUUGUAAGUUUCCUUUCCACAAGUCUUCAGCUUCUGCCAUUCCUUAGAUGGCUACUUAUCCUUGACUUUCUUUGCUUCAAUGUUAAGGCAUGGACUGCAACAUUUUAUCAUCUCCUUUUCCUUCGUGUGUAGUGAGUAAUUAUGCCAAGCACUUUACCGUCCUCCAUUUUCCCUUCAAUUAUUUCUACUUUUCAAGACGCAAAUGAAAUUACUUGGAACUUAUGCCAUGAUCGUGACCAUUCUAUGAUGAUGACAAGGAACGUGGUUACCAGGUCAACGGUGACUGUAACGAUUUAAUGAAUGUGAUAUGGGCUAUGUCCACGAAUAAUUUAGGAGAAAACAAUAUUAUCAUGAUUGAUUUGUGGUGCUCUUCAAAUGGGUGCUCCAGCAAAUCAAAGGUGACGAGUUCUACUGAAGAAAACUAUUAUUACUGGAUCCACCGUUUUCCAAACCACUCUGUUCACAUCGACAAAUAUUAAUAGGAUUUGUGUCAUAAGAGAGAACACAACCUUAAUGAGCAAAGGAGACUCAAAUCGACGUGAGGAGUCUGGUCCCAUAUGUUGUAAAACUUUCCUCAUUUUAGGUGGGGACCAAUAGUGAAUGGUCCCUUAUUCGUGUAUGGGAGAGUAACCUUUAGAUAUGAAAAAGUGAAGGAAAAAAUUGCAUUA